CCGCCCGUACCAAUCAUCGAAUCGACCACUUGCGCCUGCGUGCGAUAUUUUCCUUGUGACAUCUAUGUACGUACUGUGUGGAAAGAAAAAAAAAGGCUAUAGACGGGUUUGAUAAAUUCAAUUAAUGGGAAUGGAGAUGAACGUUGAUGGAUGGAGUCCAUCAAAUUGUAUACUGAAUCCCCUGGAAGUGUCUGUUCUCGUCAAUAAAGAUCGUACAGGCAGAUUCGUGUAUAUAAGACAUGCGUUCAAGAGAUCCUCCAAGUUCUUCGCUCCCUACUCUUUCAAGCUCGUCUCGUAUAAAGAUGUCAAUCAAUGCUACAUGACUGUGAGUGCUAGCGGUGUAACGUGGUACACCCCCGACGAGAUGGUAUUCGUGCCGUUAUCGAUGUGGAGUACAGAAUAUAAAAAAUACCUUGAACUCAUGAAGUUGAGAUUGUUCCGUCUCUAUCGGGAGUGGAAGGCGUUCUAUGUGUGGAAUAAAACUAUAAAAGUGGCGAGAAUGUCCACGGCGACGAGAUACAUCGAGGAGAAUUUAUUUUUCUGCGAUGAGGACCUCGGUGGGGCCCUUCUGAGGGUCACCGAAGUACAGUGGCCUUUUGCGGAGUCCAAUUUUUUAAAUGUUUCAGGGGGCGGGGAAGUGUCGCUCUUCAAAUUUGUUGAAAUGCAGUUUGAAAAGAUCGAGGAGAUGAAGGAGGAAUGGAAAAUCCGACGAGGAAAAUCAGUGGAGACUGUGGUAGAGGCUUCCAUGAACUCGAUAUCCCACGAUGGAUUUCUGACUAAUGAAACUCGGGGGUCUAAUAGGAGAUUCGACACACCAAGAGGGGCUGAUUGCAAAGUGAGCUUCAUUGAGGAGGCGAGGAAGAGAAAUAAAAUGGCUCAAUUAUCACGUUUCAUACGUCUGGCUGAUUACAUCAGUACCUUCCUCCUCCUGAAUUUAUUAGAAAACACUUAUUCCGAGUUUGUGAAAAUGCUUUCAGAGCACACGAAAUCCCUAUCCAAUGAAGAGAAAUUUAUAAAUAAUGAAGAGCUCAGUGUUGCAAAUGGGGAGGAUAAAGCAGCUCAGGUAUUAUUCAGAAUGUUAUCCCUCCUUUUCAUCUUCAUGAAGUGCAGCUGCAUUAUUUACGCAUUUUUUCAGCCUUUGUGUAUCUCUAUCGACGUAAUUUUAUCCAAUGACAAUGGUGAUGUCACAGUAGACCCCACUGUCGAAGUAUUUCAUUUUAUUAUAAGUAGAUUGCAAAACCACUGGGAAAAGUGUCUGAGGGAAAUCCUGGAGUCUCAUGCAACUGUUGAACGCUUCGAGAAUUCUAUAAAGUCCAUGAUUGACUGGGGAGCACUGAAAUCAUCCUCGAAUAACGCUCAGCGACUGUCGAAUGUGAUAAAAAAUAGCUUGUCUAUUCAAAAUUCUAAGAAAAAAUUGACAGAACUGUUGAGUUGGAAUACAAACGCAGUGAAAAUCUAUUGCAAGGGUUUUGGCGUAAUCGAGACGUUCUACAAGGAGCAGAAAGCUUGCCCCGAAGACAUGAUCCAGGCCAACAAGUCGAGCGAAAUGUUCCGAAAUUGGUGUUCCGAAUUUAGAGAGAAGGAGGAAGAGGUCGAUGAAGUUAUCGAUUUCCAAACUUUGGGGAUGUUCUCACUGCAGUUGGAGAGAUUCAAGGAUCAAGUUCGGGUUCUUUUAUUCAAUAAGAAAAGUGUCCUGGAGGAAGUGAUACCAAAAAUUGGGAAAUCCAAAGUUGACAUUCUCCUGUCCAAGAUAUUAGACGCCACAACUUACCUUGACACUGAUCCAACAACAGCAGACAGUUUCGCACAUUACGUUGAGUUCAUUGACGAUGCACAACAGCGAAUUGAUGACAUGGAAGGGGACGGGGAUUAUAUCAAAGAGUUGUACGAUAUCACGGAGGAGUAUGGAAUCCCGGCAGAUCCCGAGGAUUUCGCUAAUUAUUUGAUGAUCAACGUUGCGUUGACGAGUUUUAAGAUUGCUCUGACCGAGCGACUCAAGAAACGCGAAGAAGUGAUCUCGAAAUUUAAUGAACAAAUUAGCAAUGACAUUAGAAAAUUGACGGACGAUGUGUCGAUCAUUAAUGAACGAAUAUCAGAACCAUGGCUGCUAGAUUCCCUGAGUGACGCCGACACAUGUCAGAAAAGUCUCAAAAAUUUCGCCCUAAAACUGCAGGAAUUCACGGAAACGGUCGAUAAAUAUCAGACCUAUCAGAAAUCCUUCGAUCUAGAGGCCAUAAGACUAGAAAUUCUCGAUCACGUGCGAAAGGAAAUUUACGUUCGACUCUUGUUGUGGGAGUGCACGACCUCCUGGAGUGAGAAUUCGCAAAAGUGGUUCGAGUGCAACUUGAGCAGUCUGAACACAGAAGAAAUGACGAGUACAACCGAAGAGCACUUCAAGAAGGUCAAGGAGCUGGAGACAGGCCUGGGGCGAAGGCCCAUCGUUCUGGAUUUGAUGGAGAGGGUCGAGUACAUCCGCGAGAAAUUACCGACAAUUAUCUCCUUGCGGAAUAAACAUUUGAGGAGACGCCACUGGCUCGAGAUUGAAGCUAUAUUGAAUUUCAAGUUCAAACCAGAUACCAGAGUCAAUCUGACGUUGAUGGAGAAUCUGGGGGCCUUCGCUCAUGCUCAGGAAUUCAUGAAUAUUUCAGAGAGAGCAACUGCAGAGGCUCAUCAAGAGGCUGCGCUCAAUAGAAUUGAUGAUGUCUAAAGAUGUGACGUAAUAAAAUGAGGUCUGAAGACAAAAAAAUUAUGUUGUAAUAUUACUUUGAUAUUUUACAUAUGAAAACGCCGUAAAUAUCAAUAUUUUCAUGUUAUUUCUUCUAAUUCUUUGACUAAUAAUUCUUUGUAUUACAAAACAAAAAAAAAUUAAUUGUU